AUGGAGAGGAAAAGCACAGCUGAGCAUCUAGACUUCUGUAAAUUUGAUAAUUCCACCCUUUCUAAAACAGGAAUAUUCCAUGGAAUGAUGAUGAAUGGUACAUGCACUGUUUUCAUUUGCAACAGAAAUCUCAAGCUGGAUUGGUACUGUUAUUUGCUUAUUCUGGUUUGCCUUUUCACUUUAUUAGCAGGAUUUCUAGGCAAUAUACUUGCACUACGACAUUAUCUGUACUGCAUGAAGACAUGGACUACCAAUACUAUAUUUCUCUUUAAUUUGGCACUGUGUGACUUUACUUGGACUCUCAUGGCACCUUUUUCAGUAUAUUAUAGUCUCCAGAAAUUAGCUGUCUUUUUCAGUCAAGCAUUUUAUCAGAUCAUAAAACUAUUUUUUGGUAUUAAUAUCUAUGGAAGUGUCUAUUUCCUGACACUCAUCAGUUUUGACAGAUACAUAGGUGCUGUCCAUCCUAUCACUUCAUUAACAUGGUGGGACAAAGGAAAGGCUGUGUUUUGUACCACUGCGGUAUGGAUCUUCAUAGUGAUUGCAUCGAUGCCGGAGAUCUACUACACAGUUGCAGCUGGAAGACAACAGGACAUCGUAGAUACCCUGGAUGUCACUGAAGGACCUUUACAAUUUGCCGUGCCGUUCACACUCUCCAAGAUUGGAGAGGUGUACACAGAAGUUCUUAAAUACAGAGGUGGCUUAGCUGCAAGAAGAGUAAGAGAUGCUGCUACACCAGAGCGCUGCUUCUCCUGUUCAUUUAGGCUCUAA